CUUUAAAAAGAGAGAGAGUGGAGAAAAGAAACGUCAGAGUGCAGAGAAGGAGGGAGGGUGCACUCUCUUUUGGAGGAGAGGGAAAGUGAGGGAAUCAUACAGAGGCAGAGGUACCCGGGAAAUAGAGGGAACAAAAGAGAGACUGGGGGUUUUUAUAAAUGGACAUGGAGGAUUCUGCCGGAGGAGCUCGUAAAGCCACCAAGAGUAAACUGUUUGAGUUUCUCGUCCAUGGAGUGCGUCCAGGGAUGACCUCAGGGCCACGGAUGCCCCAUCAAGGCGCUCCCAUGGGGCCUCCUGGUCCUCCAUAUGGGGGAACACCACCAAUUCGUGCAGGGAUGCCUAACUCAGCACUAGACCCCAAUCGAAAACGUCCUGCCCCAACCCCGCCAGUGCAACCUCCCCCUGUCCCGAACCGUCCCAGAAAGAAACCACUUGGAUUUCCAGCAACAAAUGAGAUAUCUGCAAGACAGAUGGACAUGAGAGACGCCCAAUCAGAUCCUUCAAUUGGAUGCUUCAACUUCUCCCGGAGGAGCAGUGUGGCUUAGGGUGGACGAGUCGGACCAUGAGAAAGUUUAUACUCCAGAGGGGGUGUGGAUGUGAAUGGGGACAGACAUUUCCUGCUCCGGACCUGAGGAGCUCUCGGUGUCCAUUGGAGUGUGGCAUGUUUGUCUGUGGAAAAGCUUUUCUGCACUAACGAAAUAUAUG